GAUUUUCUUAAUGAAGAUUUAGAUGAGAGUACCGAUUUUGAAGAUGAUCAUGAUCUGGAUGGAAACAUGUCGGACGAAGAUACUGAAGAUGCAAGUGAGACAGAAGAGAAGCAAGAACCUACAUUUCAAAGAACAGAAAUUAAAGAACAGAUGUAUCAAGACAAAUUAGCACAUUUAAAGAAGCAGUUACAAAUGUUAUCUGAAGGUACAUUACCAGAAUAUAUCAAACGUAAUAAGAAAAUAGAACAACAUUACAAAGAGAGAUUAGCUCUGAGUGAAAUAUGGAAAGAUCUUCAAUUGAAAAUGGUAGAAAGAGAAUUUAUAAAAGAGAAGGAAUAUAUUCAGAAAGAUUUCGAGGAAAAGAAAAUUGAUUUAAAGGAGAGUUUAAUAAUGGAAUUAGAAGAUAAGAAAAGAAGUGUAGAAGGAGAGAAAUCUGUAUUAGAUUUAAAUGGAGAUUUUAUGGAUAUGACAAGGCCAGUUAUGACAAGAAAAUUAAGAAGAAGACCAAAUGAGCCUAUUCCAGUCCCAGAAAAACGUCGAAAACCCACUGCAAAUAUCCUUUAUAAUAUCCUUCUAACAAAUGAAGAUGAAAUAAUGAGAGAUAUACAAUAUUUAAAUAAGAUUACAGGUAAACCUGUUAAAAAGACCAUGUUAUCAACCUCUAGUAUUGAUGGUAAUGUUAAUAAUGAAAUGAGAAUAGAAGAUGGUAAAUUAUAUUAUGACAAACGAUGGUUUCAGAGGAAUCAUCCAGUAUUUGUGGAAUCUAAAGAGGGUGGUAAAACUCAUGGUAUUAUUACUGGUAUAGGUACACAAGAGAUAUGGAUACGUAAAACAUCGGAUAAUUCCAAAUUACGAAUAUAUUUAUCACAGUUACAAAAAGCUAAAUAUAUUUUAAGGAGAAGAGCAUCA